ACUUUCACUCUCCGUCCGCAGCCGCGUCCUCUCCCCGUCCGGCCCGCGUCCGGCCCGCGUCCGCCGCCGCCACCCGCCAGCCGUCCGCGCCAUGGACUGCAAGGCCAUCGCCAUGCUGGCCCUCGUGCUGGCCGCGUUCUGCCUCAGCGACGGGAAACCCGUCAGCCUGAGCUACAGAUGCCCAUGCCGAUUCUUCGAAAGCCAUGUUGCCAGAGCCAAUGUCAAGCAUCUCAAAAUCCUCAACACUGCCAACUGUGCCCUUCAGAUUGUGGCAAGGCUGAAGAGCAACAACAGGCAAGUGUGCAUCGACCCAAAGCUCAAGUGGAUCCAGGAGUACCUGGAGAAAGCUUUAAACAAGAGGUUCAAGAUGUGAGAGGUGGGUCGGUCGCCUGAGGAAGCCUUACCGUAGGAGCCCAGGUCCGAAACCAGUGUUAGGAAGGGCCUGCGGCCGCUUCCCGCCCGGCCGGCCCAGAGCCUCGCCAAGGGCUUUGUUUUGCACACUUUGCCUUACUUUCACCAUUUGAUUAUGUAGUAAAAUACAUGGUGUUUAUCUUUCAUGUAGUUUGAUUAUCCAGUGUCACUGGUGACACAUAGGAGUUUAGACUAAGGCCAUUAUUUUACUUGCUUUAUUAUGGUAUCUUUCCCAGAGAGCCCCCUAGUCAUAGGCCUUCCUGGAUUUUGCGCCUCUCCCAGCUGCGCGGGCUGGGAGCCAGUACCAUGCCUGGGCUGAAGCCACCAGGACCCGUGAGCACAGGCAAAGCAUAGUGACGGCUGCCCUCUGCCGUGUGGGGUGGUGGAGGGAAGGUUCCAGAGGGCCAGGCAGGAGGCUCCCCACUUCUCCAAACAGGGGCGAGGGCCCGCCUGCCCCGUGAGGAUGGCAGGGCUUCCCUGAACUGAGACAGGAGUGUGAGGCCAGGGCAGAGUGAGACCAGCCCUCAUCCGGAGCUCUCUUCCGCAUCCAUCAUGUUCUUCUCAUCAUUCUGUCUCUCAUCCAUCGCCAUGUGCAUCCAAGACUGUCUCCAUGACCCCAAAAAAGGACUCUCUCAAGACCAAAGCUUUAAUUUAAACCAGCACCAAGAAGGAAAUCAAAAUGUCUUGUGCUACCUGAAAACACUGUGCACAUCUACGUCUUGCUUGGAAUAUUGUCCAUUGUCCAAUUCUGUGUCUUUGUUCAAAGCCAGCGUCCUCAUCCAUGACCAGUGUCUUGGUGCAUGCACCCUCUGUUCCUCAUAUGCAAAGGCUCGGUGGGAGGCGAUACCCCUUGGGCCCUGUGACUGGGUCCCUCAUCAGAGCGGUGGUCCGUUGGGGUGAGCUGGCUCAGUUCCCUCACUGAUCACAAAACCAUGUUGAUCAAUAAACAGCACCCAAGGGAAUGUGGUUUGCAGCAGUGUGGACCUCAGGGAACUUCUGACUCUCUGUAGUUGCUGAUACCUUAAAACUAGAGCCAAACCCAGCAUUGUUUGGGGAAAACAAGAAAAGAAUUCUCAACUUGCUUUUAAGUUUUUAAAACCCAACCCAUAAAAUAAUCAAUCCUGGUGAAGAUUCCUUCCCAGUUAAAACCUAACCUCAUCUUUUUCACCGUUCGUCAAUGCCGUCAUCUCUAACCUUACACCCUGGGCCCUCUCUGCUGCUGCAGGUGACCUUGUGCUUCCGGGACGCCCAUCAGGGCAUUCCUCUGAGACAGCGAGGGGCUAUCUGGAGAGUUAGUGAAAUCCCUGACAUUCGGAGUGUUUCCCUUUGACCGAAGGCAGAUUGUAGAGUUGCAUUAAGCCACUUAAAAUUUUUGCUUUAAAAAGAUAAGCACUUGAGGUUUUUUGUUUAGUUUUGUUUUUCAUUCAGUCUCACUAAUACUUUCCAUUUUGGUUAAAGACCUCAGUAACAUUUCUAAAAUGAAAAAAGUGGAAAAAGAAAGGCGAAGCAAAGAAAUAUAUCAGUGGACAAGACACUGUAUGCAACAUAUGGAAAGUAAAUUAUCAUAAACUAACCUUGAGUAGUUGGUGUUUUAGAUUUAAUAAUCUGUGGGGUCAUUAGUAACACUUUAAUAUUCCUUUAAAUUGGAUCUUCACAGCAGAAGGCAAAAUCCAUCAGACCAAAACUUUCCCCUAAUUUAAACAAAAAGUAAAAUCCUCAAACCAGCUAUGUUACAUUGAAAAAAGAAAGUCUGAGGGAUCUUAUAAGGGAUGCAGAACUAGUUUCAAAACCCUCUUUUGAAAUUAACCCAUCACACAGUGCUCCUGAAUUAUACAUGAAAUAUUCAAUUUUCAGUGGGAUAGUCAUUUUCUAGGUAAUCCAAGAUACUUAGAAAUCUCUCGUGAAAAAUUUGGAAGUACCUGCCCCCAAUCCUUGAACCAGAAUCAUUAAUUUUCUUGCUUGGAGGAAACAAAUUUGACCCCAAAUCCUGACUAUGGUUAAGUAAGAAAUCAAUUCUCUUUCUCCUCCAUAGAGAGGAAAAUAGAGUAGAAACUGCAGGGAAAAUUGUUUGUGUUGCAAUUCCUCUACUAACAAUGAGCUCCUGCCUGGAGACUGCCCAGCUAAAGCAAUGUGCAUCAAAAUACAGUAGUCUAUUUGCAAAGGAAAAAUCUCUCCUUAUCCUAAUCACUUUUUGCUUUCAAACUGCAAGCCAAAUGCAUCAGGGAGCUGCUGAGAAGGCAUCACCCAGCUCUCCCUCCUGGGCCCAGUGUUGCCUCUGCCUGACAUUCCUCUCUGUUCCCUGUGACCUCCAGGGGCUCCUCCACUGCCAGCCUUUGCAUCAGGACCCGGGAAGGGGCACUGGGGGCUCACAGCCAGGCUGUGUGUUGGAACUGGCAUCUGUGCUGUGUGUUUGUGCUGUUGUUUGUCCCACUCUGGCCAGACACUGAGACACCAGCUGGGACGCUCAGGAGAGGUGGUCUGCUGGUCCCCCUGCUCCCCAGAGACUGCCACCUGAGAAAAAGUUCAGUUUUGAGCAGAGGGUCUGAGUGGCAACAGGUUGCUGUCCCUGGGUGGAGUCCAGGGACUUUCUAAGCCUUUCCAUUGGAUGCCAUUUGCCCACCAUGGUGGGGUUUUCUGGCUGGUGUUGCCACCCUGGGCUCCAUAAAUGGGAGUUGGUCACCAUUCCCAGGAGGUGACCCUUCUCCAGCUGGGUGAGAACCUGGGGGCACUGUACCCUCCACACAGCUUCCCUGACCCAUUCUGAGGGAGCCCCAUCCCUGGGAAAUGCUCCCUAGAAACCUGCACAUGCCCUAAGCAGACCACUGACAUUGCCAAGUUCACAAAACCAUGUAGAAAACUUGUGAUUUUGCAACCUUGCUGGACUCUCAGUGUCUGAGCAGUGAUGAGUUCAAUGUUAAAUGUGAUGAAUACUGUAUUUUGUGUUUUUGAAUUGCAUUUCCCAGAUAAUGUGAAAAUAGUCCGGGAGAAGGCAGCUUCCUAAAUGCAGUGUGCUUUUUUUAAAAAUAAGAAACAACUCUUUGAGAAACAAUUCCUACUUUGAAGUCAUAUCAAUGAAAAAAAUGUAUAUGCACUUAUACUUUUCCUAAUAAAGAUCUGUAUUCAAAUAUA